UGGCAAAUUGUCCUAAUACUGUAGUCGGUCAGAAGGUAGUGAUCAACCAGAACACUCCUGUGGUUACCCGAUUGGACAAGAUAAAGGUGCAGACCAAGCGAAAACUUGACAAAUUUAGAAGGGAUUCGUACUAUGAAACCAGAGCCGCCAAGUCUGCAAUGGAGUGUGUGAAAAGUGGCUGGGUUUUACUUAAAGGCUCUGAAAAAUGUGGCAAGACAUCACUGGGGCUGUACAUUCUCAAAACCUUUGAUCAGUCCUACAUCCCACUUUAUAUCCAGAAUCAAGGUGAUUUGGAAUGUAUUACAGAUCUGACUGGACUUGAAGAUGUUAAAAAGGAUGGUAAAUCUGAAGCGUUCGUCAUUUUCAUUGAUGUUCCCUUUAAGAGGCAUGAUGAAGUUGAUACCCACUUAACUGAUGCAGUGGAACUUGCUAGCAGAGGUGCAGCUCAUGUCAUAAUAAGCAUUUCAACAAGGAACCUGCCAAAGCUGGAGAAAUCUACUCUGCUUAAAUGUCAGGGGAAGAACUCCCAACAUGCAGUGACUCUACAAGACCUUCCUUUGCAAGAACAUGAACGAUAUGAAAUUUUGAAACAGAAAUUAAAGCCACAGACAGUCAAAUCUUUAGGACCAGCAGAGGGCUCUCAAGAGGCGGCACUUCAGGAGAUUGCAAAGUUAACUGACCACCCUGGUUCUUCAUGGCCAUUGAGUCAAGUGGCUCUAAAAGGGCACAGAGCUAGUGACAAGCUUAAAGAACCCAGUUGGUUCCUUCAUUCAGCAGCUUGA